GGGCAGGGUGCAGAAAAGGGGCAUCCCCGGAAAAGCCCAGCGCCUGUGCCGUGUCCCCUGGGCAGAGCGGGGGGCUGCGGCAGAGCCCGAAGAGCUUAUGAGGGAGCAUGAUGGAGGUCCUGAGAGAGCACGGGGAAGAGGAGGAGGAAGAAAAGGAAGCCUUUGUGAUUAGUGAUGAACUCCAAGACCUGGAAGAGAAGCUGUCGAAGAUCCAAGUCCACAUCCCGAAUGUUGUAUCUGACUUUGACUGGAGUUCCAUUGACACGUCCCAGUUACCAGCUUCCUACAAGACAAAUUCUGCCAAGGAGAAGAUGCUGCUGCAAGUCGCUGACAAUUUCCACCGACAGUAUGUGCACCUCUGCCCAGACCGCGAGCCUCUCUUCCUCCACCCAUUAAAUGAGUGUGGAGUGGAGAAAUUUGUGAGCACCACCGUGCGCCCGACUCUGCAGCCGUACCCGGAGCUGUACAACUGGGAUGGCUGCGCCCAGUUCGUCUCUGACUAUCUCACCAUGGAGCCCCUCCGCUCCACUAUCAUGCCGCCCAGCUUCCUGCCCUCCCCAACCACCACCCUGAGGUACCAAAGGGGGAAUUGCUUCGGUUUCAGCGUGGUCCUCUGCUCCCUGCUGAUCGGGGCAGGCUACGACGCCUACUGCGUGAACGGCUACGCCACGCGGGAAAUCUGCCUGAUGGACGAGACCAAGGAAGUGUGCCCCCUGCUGAAGAAGUCAAAGAAGAUCCUGAAAGAGCCUGUGAAGGAGAAGGUGAAAAAGUAUGCAAUCAAGCCCCCCCGGGACCUACGCAGCAAAUUCGAGCUCCAGCAGGCGGCCAAGAAGGAAGCCGAAAUUGUAGCCGCACAGGAGAAGAAGCAGAAGGAGGAAGAAGAAAGGAUCGUGGAAGCGGAAAAGCCAAAGCCGGACCCUUUGUACGGGCUACGCGUCCACGCCUGGGUUCUGGUUUUGGCGGGGAAGCGGGAGGUGCCGGAGAGCUUCUUCAUUGAUCCCUUCACAGCAAACAGCUACAGCACCACCGACGAGCAUUUCCUCGGCAUCGAAAGCGUCUGGAACCACAAGAACUACUGGAUCAACAUGCAGGACUGCUGGGACGGCUGCAAGGGGCUGGCCUUCGACCUUGGGGACCCCGUGCGGUGGGAGUUCAUGCUGGAGGGGACCGACAAGCCCCUCCUGUUGCUGCCGGAGGAGUAUGAAGAGGAGUUAGCUGAUGAGGACCUGGAUGACUUUGACAAGGAGGAGGAAGAGAAGGGUUUUGACAUGCCGGCGUCCUGGGUGGACCCCGUUCAAAUAUCGCGGAAAGAAUUUGAGACCCGGUGUCCCCAGGGGAAGAAGGUGAUCCAGUACAAGAACGCCAUGCUGGAGAAGUGGGCGCCCUACCUGAACAGCAACGGGCUGGUCCAACGCCUCACCGUCUAUGAGGACCCAGAAUGUACCCGGGUGCUGGAGGUCAAGGAGUGGUUCAAAAACCGAGAGGACAUGAUGAACAUGAGACAACUGAAUAAAAAAACCGAGGUGACGACAGAGUACUUCAGUCCGGGACAUGUCCAGGGACUCAAAGCCCACACCUACAAAACGAUGGAGCCGGAGACAGAGCGCACCAUGGAGUUUUACAGCGAGACACGAGUAGACGGCCUUCAAAAACGGGUUGAAAAUGCCAAAGAGAUGACGGAAUACUUUGAAGGGCGGUCAGAUUUCCUGCACUACCGGCACGCGAUGUUUGGCAAAAAGACAAAAAGAGCACAGAUGCUCAUCGCUAACACUGAAUCGAAUGCCCGGCCCAUCUUGCAAAUCAAGGAGCAGUUCCGUAGAAACACCCAAAAGCCAGCUGAUGACGAUGUAGCAGAGCGCAUCUUUAUGAUCUCGGAGGAGCGGAUUAUGCUGACGUAUCAUUGCAAGGACAGUUACAUCACGGCCUCGAAGAAGGAGUUCAUCAAACAAAAGGAGGAAGAUAAUAAAGGAAACAAGAUCAUCAUGACCUCCGAUAUGUGCAUCAGCUACCAGGUGGGGUCUUUUCAGAAGAACAAGAAGCUGCUGCAUCUCUAUGAAAUGAUGCUGAAGCUAAUGGAUGCAGAAAAGCACCUGAGGCAUCAAGUCUGGGAGUCUGAAACAGAGGUGUUAGAAAUUCUCAAGAUCCGGGAGGAAGAAGCAGCUACCAACAAGCUGACGGUUUCUAUGUAUGAUACAGAAAGGAAUGAAAAGAGCAAACAACAUCGAGAGACGAUGGAGCGUCUGAUGCAAGAAGAGAGACAGAGACAAGUGGAGCAGGACCUAGAUUACCUGGCACCCUUCCUGAUUCAAAUGGGCAGCACAGAGAAGAUGACCAAGUGGCAAGCCCUCCGCCUCAAGGAAGACUGCCUGACUGAUUUCAAGCACCGGCUCAUUGAGAAGGCCAACUUCAUCCAGGCUCGCUUUGAGAAGGUCACGCCCCCUUUCGCAUGGUCCACUCCUUGGCUCCAGCAGUGCAUCGGGGCGCCUUUGCUCCGGGAGGGGACCACAUGGGGCUCUCCCUCCAUUUUACAGCAGGAGACACAGGAGUUACAAAAGAAACAACAGUGGUACCAGCAAAACCAGCUCUCUAUGACCUUGGAGGACGAGGAUGCCUACCUAACCUACUGCUCUGAUGCCAUGUUCCGGAUUCACAUUCUGGAAAUACGGCUUAACAGACACAAAGAGAUGGCACCACAGAAAUACAUGGAACUGGACGAGAAAUUGUGCAAGGACCCUCGCCUGGCCGAGUAUCUCAAAUUUAAUGUCUGAUAUAGUCCCUGUUCUCCCACAGCAGUCCCUGGAAACGGUACACAGAGUGGGUUGACCUAACCGUAAGAGCUGCUGGCAAGAAAGGUAGCAUCUUCUUCCUGCUUGUGUUCAGUGACCCAUGUGUGGUCUGGCUGGUCAAAUUUCCCUCAAGGCCUCUCGGCUGUUUUCUCCAGGAGCUGCUGGGCUCGCCACGAGGAAGGUUAUAAUGGCUGGAUUACCUUGUUUGUAAGUUUCAUUUCCACCUAUUGCAUUUAUCCCUUUUUAUUUCAUUAAAUGUUU